AUGCAACUUCUUCUUAUAUUGAUUGGAUGGGUCUUUGCAUUAAUAUUUUUAUUUAAUAAAUCAAUUAAAGAAUAUCCAAUAUUACGGUCUUCAAUAAAAUCACUUCCAAUUAUUUUUGAUAUUCUUUUCAUUAGUAUUCAAUAUUCCACAUCAUUUGAAGUUUAUAUGAUGAUUGGGUUAGUGUGGAGUUGUUUGGGUGAUUUUAUGUUAGAAUAUUCUUCUUCUCAAUUUUGUUUUCUUAUUGGGACAUUUUCUUUUAUUAUUGCUCAUUGCUUUAACACAUUAGGGUUUUUUAGUUAUUCUCCAGUUUGUUAA